AUGGUGAAACCAAAGCAGACUUCAGAGGACAAGCUCCGCGUGCUGCACAAGCUCGUGCUGGAUUCCGAUUCUUUCUUCGGGUCGAAGGAAAUCGAGAAACUGGCGGAAAAAGCAGGUUACAGAAGCAUGCAAGCGAAAGCAGCAGCAAUCACGCGCAGCCUUCAGAGAACAAAAGGCGAAGCUGCUGGCCCUGCAGGCCCCAGCAGCAGAUCUGGAGUCCCUGGCUUCUGCAGUGAGUUGCAACUCGAGUUCGCCUCCGCAGCGCCGCUGCAGCUGCUGCUGCUGCUGCAACAGGCAGCAGCAGCAGAGGCCCUCCUCGCCGAAGCAGAUCAACUCGAAAAGAAACUUCGACUGCUGCAAGAAGAGGCUCGUGCUGCUUCUUGCUGCGACCCGCUGCAGUUCCAGCAGCUGCAGCAGGAGAUUUCGUUUGCCCGCGCAGCCACAGACCGCUGGACAGACAACAUAUUUAUCAUUCGCCAGUUCACCAGAAGCCGCCUCGGAGUUCCAGAAGACCAAAUCGACCAGCUGCUCGACUUACCCGAUGGCUGGGACAAGACAGGUGCUGCUGCUGCUGCUGCUGCUGCUGCUGCUGCUGCUGCUGCUGUGGACGAUUAA